GGGUUAGGGAGCAGAAAAGGAGGAGAAAGAGAGAGAAGGUCAGCGAGUUGAGGGGAAUUGGGCUGAAGAGAAACAGCAGAGACGGGGUUGUAUGUCUAGGUUGGAAGAGGACAUUGGGAGGCUGUUGAAGGAGACGGGGCAAUGUGUAAAGGCAGAGUGGGAGAGAGAGAGCAAAGAGGGAGGGGUGGAAGAAGGGGGGGCUCGCUCUUCGCUCUGUGUCCGGGCUUAAAGCCUUUUUAAAGCCAGCCAGAGUGCCUUUUGUCUGUUGAUACGAUCAGGGGGACUGAAGGAAGUGAAGGAGCACGAGAGUUUUUCUGUCAACCUCUGUGCUGCCUCUGCUGCUGCUUUCAAGGAGACUUGGACAGGGCUAUCUGUUUCUCUCUACUCUGCUGUGCUCCAGGCCGUUCACCAUGAAGGGCACAGGGAUUAGAAGAUGUCUGGAGAUGGUUUUGGAGCCACGGGCAGCGAUGCCCAGCAAACACUGCAGUCCUUCUGGCCUCGUGUCAUGGAGGAGAUCAGGAACUUGACUGUGAAGGAUUUCCGUGUGCAGGAGUUGCCUUUAGCCCGAAUCAAGAAAAUCAUGAAGUUGGAUGAGGAUGUGAAGAUGAUCAGCGCAGAAGCUCCGGUCCUGUUUGCCAAAGCAGCUCAGAUCUUCAUCACAGAGCUCACCCUCAGGGCGUGGAUCCACACCGAGGACAACAAGCGACGCACACUACAGAGGAAUGACAUUGCCAUGGCAAUAACAAAGUUCGACCAGUUUGACUUCCUGAUUGACAUCGUGCCCCGGGACGACCUGAAGCCCCCCAAACGACAGGAGGAGAUGCGUCAGUCUGUAGCUCCAGCAGAGCCAGUGCAGUACUACUUCACCUUGGCCCAGCAGCCCGGAGCCGUGCAGGUGCAGGGCGCACAGCAGGGCCAGCAACCUGCUGCGCAGACAGCGGCGACCAUCCAGCCCGGACAGAUCAUCAUCGCACAGCCGCAACAGGGACAGAUGUUGCAAGGUGCCACCAUGCAGCAGUUACAGCAGGUGCAGGUGCAAUCACAGGGCACGCCCAUCACGAGUGCGCCUGUCGCCAUGCAGGUGGGUGAAGGCCAGCAGGUGCAGAUUGUCCAGGCUGCCACAGCCCAGGGUCAGGCUCAGACAGCUCAAGCCCAAGGCCAGACCAUGCAGGUCAUGCAGCAGAUCAUCACCAACACUGGAGAGAUCCAGCAAAUCCCAGUACAACUAAAUACGGGACAGCUGCAAUACAUCCGCCUAGCCCAGCCCGUCUCUGGAGCACAAGUGGUCCAGGGGCAGAUUCAGACUCUUGCAAACACCCAGCAGAUCACACAGACAGAAGUACAACAAGGACAGCAGCAAUUCGGCCAGUUUACUGAUGGCCAGCAAUUGUAUCAGAUACAGCAGGUGACAAUGCCAGCAGGACAGGAGCUGACCCAGCCAAUGUUCAUCCAGUCUACCAACCAGACAACUGACACACAGGUCACGCAGGUCAGCACUGAAUGAGCCCUGCUAGGAGACUUUCUCCUCUCAGCACGCACACCAGCCCACGCGAUGCAGACGGAUGCCAUCAACUUUGACAAAAAGGACUCUCAAUAAUUCAUUUUAAGCACGGCUCAUUGCAACGAGGGACCUGAAAUCUUGUAACACUCAUGUUUUGUAAUAAAUUUACUACACUGGAUCAAAAACCAAAGGGACGCUGAUUGACUCUUUCACAAUCAUACGUUAUAAUCAUCCAAUCUUGUGCUUGUGUCACCCUUAUUGAAUGGAUGACUUUACGUUGUGCAUCCACUUCCACAGUCCCUGACAACAGUCUUUGCACAGACUAAAUUUAUUUUUCUUCCCGUCAUUUCCAACCUUUUACAGAUUUUUAGACUAUAAAGUGUUGAUUCACACCUUGCUCUUCAUUUGGAAAUGAAUUUGGAAAAUGUCCGUCUUUGUCUACAGAAGCUGCUCUAGGUUUAGGGUAGCCAUGGGAAGUUUUUUAUUUUUUUUUAUUUU